AUGAGAAAUGUAUUAUUGAAAAGUUUGAAAACUGAUGAAAACAGGGACCAACUUUUGAAAGUCAAAGAUGUCGUCAGCGAACUUCCGAGCAGUGGAAGCAUUGAUAAGAUGUGUCCGAGUGUCAGCGAAGAUUGGUCUGUUGUUACCAGGACAAAACAACGUGAAACUAAGCGGAGUUCUGCAGUUCUGACUCAAGGACUCAUUAAUUUCUCGUUGAAUAUUGGAAUGUCCGUAGAAUUCAAACAGCCUAAGAUUAAUGGUCCCAAUGACUUUUCACUGAAAAGUAAUAUUCCGAAAAAUUAUGGGAAAAAAUGCAAAAAUCUGUAUGCUCAAAGCAAAUAUUGCUACCCCAAAAAUUUAGUUCUAUGUAAAAAUCGGGAAAAACACAGAUUGAACGUAUUAAAAUCGAAUGCAGUAAAACGUGAUUUUCUGACUGUUGUUAAAAUUGAUGGAGAUACAUUUGACGGUCCAAACAGUUUGUGCAAGAACGCAGAAGAUCAAGUCAUAAUGGCGGACACAAAAAUCAAUACAUUAAAAAUAUUUGAUUUGAAUGGAAAUUUAAAGACAAAUGUUAAUACGCACAACAAUCGAACGUUGUUGUGGUCGCCUGACUGCAUGUAUUUGUGUCCGCAUACCAAAUGGUUAGUUGUUGUCGAAAGACCUCCUCACAAGAGAAUCACGGUGAUUGGGGAAAAUUUAUACAAAAUAACCUCCUUCCGUUACGAAGCAACGAAUCCAAAGGAUGUGUGCAUGGAUAACAACUUCAAAAUAUUUCUCCUGGAUUCUACGCACAAGAAAAUUUACAUAUUUGACCAAAAGGGAUUGUUGCUGAAUACAUUGCACUGCCCAGAUAUCGACUAUCCUUACAAUAUUGCCGCCAAUAAACACAACGAGCUCUUCGUCUGCGAUAAUCGAAAACAUUGUGUAGAGGUGAUCAAUUAUGAAGGCCACAAACUGCGGACGAUAGGAAAGGAAGGAAUAACAGAUUAUCCAAUUUUUGUAAAAAUUGGAACAAACGAUGAAUUGAUUGUAUGCAACAAUUACUACGGCCUUAGACUAACCAUCUUUAACCGAAUUGGUGACCAGAUACUGGUUGCAUUGAAAUCUGCAAAAAAUCUGAAGAAAUGUUUCGAUGUAACACUUACAUUCAAUGGAACGGUGUUUAUCACUACCAGGGACUUAAAAUUCAUAAUCAUGAAAGUUCCUCCAACUGUUUUGAAAAAAUUAAAUUGGGAACAAGCUCAAGACAACAGGGAAAAGAAAAUGGAAACCAGCAAAUACGAAUCUUCAAAUAAAAGCCUGAACGCGAAGAUAGAUAGCGUUUGGAACAAGAGUGUUUCAGUGCAGAACUCAAAUGUAGUGAAUUAUCUGAUAAAUAUUUUGAAGCAGGUAGAAAGCUGUAGAGCUGAAUACUUACCGAAAAAUGUAAGCUCGUUAAAUGAUUUUAUAGGCAAUACGAAGGAUGUUGUAGUUAGAAGUGAUAAAUCGUUCAGCAAAGUUUCAGUGCAAAAGGAACAUCCUAAACAAUGUGAUAGAUGGAUUUUGGAUAACUAUAAAUUUGCAUCCAACAAUUUUGUGGAGCAAAGUGAAGAGUUUGAAAACAGCGGAGAAAUGCUACUGGAAAAUCAACAAGCGAAAGAUGAUGAAUCGGAAUCAGAGAGCAUUAAAGACAAUAUUUGGAAUAUGUCUUUUGUGAGGGAUAGUGAAAUCGAAAAUGAAGAAUUAUUCAACAAUAUUUUGUUCGAAAGUGAACAUUUCGAAAGCAGAAGAAGAAUGUUACAGAACAACAGCGAGCUUGAGAUUCCAGCCGAAAGUGAAAACCUGAGAAGUUUUUCCCUUGCAAAGGAUGAGUCGCAAAUUCGCAAUAUAUGGAGCAACAACAACCCGGCUCACAACGCCCGCAAGAACAUUUGGAGCAAUUUUGUUUUAAUGCAUGACAUAGACAAUAAAGUUCGCAACAUUUGGAGCAAUGACAUGUAA